CGCGCCUGGCAUGACGGCCGAGAGCCCCCCGGCCCCGACGCGCGCGGCGGGCCAUGCGGAAGCCGAGGCCGGGCCCGCGUCGUCGGGGCUGCCCGCCUCGGUCAAGCUGGAGCCGGAGGCGGCGGAGGCGGCGGCGCUGCGGGCCGGCGGGCGGCGCAGGAAGCGGCCGGUGCAGCGCGGGAAGCCGCCCUACAGCUACAUCGCGCUCAUCGCCAUGGCCAUCGCGCACGCCCCGGAGCGGCGCCUGACGCUGGGCGGCAUCUACCGCUUCAUCACCGAGCGCUUCCCCUUCUACCGCGACGGGCCGCGCAAGUGGCAGAACAGCAUCCGCCACAACCUGACGCUCAACGACUGCUUCGUCAAGGUGCCGCGCGAGCCCGGCCGGCCCGGCAAGGGCAGCUACUGGGCGCUCGACCCGCAGGCCCGCGACAUGUUCGAGAGCGGCAGCUUCCUGCGGCGCCGCAAGCGCUUCAAGCGCAGCGACCUCUCCACCUACCCGGCCUACAGGCACCAGGAGCCGGCCCCGCCCGCCGCCGGCGCCCCCUUCGCGCCGCCCGCCGCCCUCGGCUACCCGCCGCCGCCGCCCCUCUUCGGCCUGGGCGCCCUCAUGGCGCAGGCCGGCCCGGAGGGGGCCCCGCCGUCGCUGCCGCAGCCGGGCUCGGACGCGUCCCCUUCCCCCGGCGGCACCUGCGCCUUCCCGGGCCCUGCCGCCUACCCCGGCCAAGGCUGCCCGGCGGGGCCUGCCCUUGCCCGGCCGCCCAACGGCCUGCCUUACUCCUACCAGCUGCCCGCCGCCCAGCAGCUCCCGGUCAGCCAAGGCGCCUUCCCGCAGAGCGGCGGCAGCCCCCUCUUCGGCGCCUCGGCCCGCCUGGCCAUGCCCACGUCGCCCCCGCUGGGCAACGACCCCAUGGAUUUCUAUGGCAGGAUGUCUCCCCCGGGCUCCUACGGCUCCUUGGCGCACGGCUACAGCGCGGGCGGCCAGCUCGGCAACCCCGGCGCCUACCUGCGGCACGCGGCCUACUCCAGCAACGUGGAAAGAUUUGUCUCGGCCAUUUGAAGAGCGGGGGACGCUUGGCCUGAGGUGCGGGGCCAGGGCUGCCCUUUGGCCUGGGGGGCCUCUGCUGGCUGCAGUGCACAAGCCCGUCGUCACCUUGCGUGGCCUUCUUUGGAGGCUGCUCUGUGCUCCAGUAAAAGACAUGAGACAAACGGGACGGUGGAAAUGUGGCCUGUGGUUCUCCAUCAACCAUAAAGAUCAUGCAGAAGGUCUAGUGAGGGCAGGUGGGGAAAGACUUGGAAAACACGACCCCCUAAAGCCAAACUGACUGACAAAUGUUUCAGUUUCCCUCCCACUGUGGUUGGUUCUGGACUUGAUUUCAUGGGCUUUCCUGCCUUUCCAAAAUGCAGCAGUGGCUGGCGUUGCUUUCUCUUUCCAUUCUUUGGGCUUAGCCGAUUACUAGCAAGUUAUGAAUAGCUAGGUGUGUGCUUGCCGUAAUUCUAAAUUUUUUGGUGACUCACGGAUCACAAACUCAUUUGGACAAAUAAAUACAGGCAGAGGAGAGGAUGGGUUCAAUGAAUCACACUUCCUUUUGGCAAGAGCUCUACACAAGUUCUGGUUUCGGAAGGUUUGGGGAAUGCAUCUGAGAGAACUUUCCCUGCAGACUUUCUUGGAAUUUUUACUGAUCUGCUGUUGAUAUCUUUAGUUGGGUACAUUUUUUGGAAGCAGGCUACAGGAUCCAGGUCCCGACCUCAGUAUGCUAAUUGUGUACUUCGCUCCUGGCUAGCCUUUAGUUAGAUUUGUUUCCCUGCUUUUGCUCAGGUUUAGGGCACUAGUCUGCCUUCCUCUCAGUCAGAUGUUGGUAAAUUGCUUGGAGGUGAGAUGUAGAAAACCUUCCAAUCCACUCCGGUGGAGUCCCACAAAGCAGAUGCCUUGAGAGGAGGCGGCUCUUCCUGCCAGCGUAAUUCACUUGUCUUUUCGGCCUCCUUUGUUACUCUCCAGGAAAUAAAGAUUCAAAGUCAGAGUUUACUGAACAUUUA